AGCUGACUUCAUAAUCAGAAUCACAUACUCUCGAAAAUGGCCGCUUCGGGGGGUAAUAUUGAAUGGUCAACGACUGUAAAACCAAUUUUAACGGCUCUUUACGGCCCAUUUUUCGACAAAAAUGAUGUCGUUGAGAAUAUACAAGCUAUUAUUAAAAGUGAAAGUGAGUUCCAGAACCAUGAAGAUGUCUAUGAUCUAUUUUACACAUGUUUCGCCUGCCUAUCUGCACACUUUAUCAGCAGCAAUGCAAAUAAUUUACCAAGUGAUCAGUUGAGCACAGCUCGUGAAGCUUUCCGGAUUAUACUCAGCCAAAUAUUGAAGAAACUGUCUGAAGCUGGAUUGAGCUGUGAUGAUAAUUCUACUACAUCUGCUCCAAAUGUAUCAGUCAAGCAGCUCCUGCUUCCAAUUGUGGGACUGUGUGGCAUUGAUGGAGGGGGCUAUCCACAGUCUGACUUAGUAAUAUUGACUUCUUUGUUGAAAAAUGCAAAGUUACCGGCGCAUGUUAAUGUGCCAGAAACACAAACAACUAAAUCGUCAGUGAUACCAAGCCCGAUCACAUCAUUGGCAUCACAAACUACCAGUACAGAAAAACAGGCACCGUCGAGUGCACAGCGUCGUUCUGAUGCUCUUUUAGAACAAUUGACGAUACCCCUAAGGAAUCCAGUCGCUUCUGUGACGUCAUCACAGGCGCAACCCCCGGCGGUACAGUCGCCGGGAAGCAAGGAUAGCAUUGAAAGCUCCAAGGAUGGCACUACACAACAGGCUGCCAUUGAUAUAAAGAAAUGGAUGGCAACAACGUGCGCGUCCCUGCUGAUGACCCUCCGCGCCGGCUCCGUCGUGUUGAAGGUGUGUUCCUCGCUGCCCUGUCUGCAGCGCUACCUGAACCGCUGGCAAGCUGCCAAGGACUCAGCUAUGGCGCCGCAGUUCAACUCGGAUGCGUCACUUCUCCACUUCCUAGUCAACGAGGUGCAUGUGUGCCGGCUCGCGUUGUCGCUGCCGUGUCUAGAGCCUUUCACGUCGGAACGUAUCGCCACGCUCAGUGACGUCAGCACGGCGUGGCUGCUAUGCGCCACUGCACAGGCGUCCCUCCAUCCAAAAGAUGAAGAGAGUGAACAACAAACAGCGACACUGGUAGAGAGCGCUCUUAGCCUCUACAAUACAGUGGGGGAGACGUUCAAGCAGUCCACGCGAGCUGGCGGUUAUGUAUACCAAAACCAUUUGAUGAUUGGCGGCUGGGUGCUACUGUGCGGGCUGCACCACGCAUUAGCCGGCGCGCCUUGUCCUACUGCCGCGCCGGGUAAAAGCCCCGCCAAAACGCCCUCCAGACCUUACAACUUGACCAAAAUGCAACAAGGAUUAGGCGUAGUGUGGGUGGCGCUUGGCGGGCGUUGCCUGGCGUGGACGGGCGCGUUGCUAGCGGACGCUCGCCUCGAAGCGCUCAGCUGCGGACCUGCAACUUCCGCCUCCGCUACUAGCACCGGCAGCGCCGCCGCUGGCCAGCCUGCGCCGCUGCUCAUACUAGCGCAACAUUCUGCGCACCAGCGCGAGCUGCGACUCGCUUCCGCCGCGCCACUACAUCAGUUAUUGGUGGCACUAGGUGUGGUCUGCUACCGUAAGGCUACGAAUUUGAAACGCGCGGUGGUACAAAAGCAGCACCAGGACGCCGACCCUGACCGGUCAGAUUCAACUGUUUACUUCCAAGAUAUGAUAAUGUGCUCUGAAGACUCUGAGACUGAUGAUGACAGCGAACCCUUGUUCGGACUGUGGUUCGAGUCGACUCUGGUGGCGCCUGAGGCUACAGAGGGCAGUACAGCCGCUCGCGGGGGCAACGACGCAAACGACGCCUGCGACACGCCUGCACGCUCGCAACAGGCCAUCGUGCCUGACAAGGCCGAACCCUACUCGUACAUCACACUAGCGACAGAAGUAUUCAUCCUCUUAACGGACGAGAUCAUAAGUGAAGGCUCGGAACGACUGGGACAAUCGGCACUGCAACUCCACGACGCACACCAAGCGCUUCUCGCUGCGUUAGCCAAAGAUCUAGAUCGAGAGACGGCACGCACUGAUACAGGCACGAUAUCGACGUGCUUCGGCGCGCGGCUGGGCGCGCUGUACGCGUCGUUCAGCUCGGCGCUGGUGCGCUACCUGCACAACCUCACGGGCGCGCCCGCCUUCGCCGCGCUGCAGCCCGCGCUGCACCACCAGCUGAUCGCAGCCGCCGCCACCGCCGGGCCCGACCGCACCAACAUCACCCCGCUACAGGUUGGUCCCCGCGUAGUGAAGCUGCUCGGAGGUAUGGUACUGAGCAAGUCGGCUGCCGAACGCGAGAACAGUAUCCUCGCCAUGUGGCAUAAGAUCGUAAACACGUUACAAGAGUGCGCGCUGCAAGGGCAGCCCUCGCAAGAUCACGAUUAUGAAGAUUUAAAUGUGGAGCACGCUCAGUUGCUAGUGUAUUUGUUUCAUUCUCUGACCCUCAUGCAAAAAAAAUCAGUUUUGCUGAUGACAUCCAACGCCAUUAUUAAGGUAGUGGAAACUCUGGCGAUAAGCGACAGGAAACGAGCCAUGAAUCUCGCUCCUCACCAGCUCAUGCUAACCACUAGACUCAUGCUUCUAUUAGAAUAUCUAAUGAGACAUCUCUAUGACGCUCCACAAACGUUACUACAGCAGAUCGAAUGGAACCUUGUCAUAGCUCCAGGACUCGCACAGCCAUCCUCCGAGUCCGCUACGAACGGCGCUAAAACGACUACUGAUAAUGGUCUCCUAAAAUCGCGCAUCUACUGCGAUGUACCCUAUAUUGAACAAGCUUACAGGCGUCUCUCACAAGACGAAACUUCGAUGAGACCUAAGUUCUAUGCAUUGACCAGUGCCGAUAUUAAUAAUCAGGAAAACCCAAAGUUCGAUGGUCUAGCAUGCAACUUCGUGCUGGGCACGCCCCACAAGCUCAAGUACCCACUGCUGUUGGACGCGUUACUCGCGCUACUCAACUCGGCGUGUGUGUGCGACAACCAGCAGUACCAUAACUCGCCUGCAGCGCUGGCGGCCGCUCACUAUUGCUUCCAAACCGCUUGGAGGCUUGUAAUAAGCAUGCCGCCGGCGACCCCGCAUAUGGACAAGCUCCAAACGGGCACGUCUGCUGAGCUCACGUCGCUGCUUCCGCUAUACGCAGUUGUAUGGGCGCCACGAGCUGAUAACAAGAAGGUUUUCAACCCCUGGCUCAAGGAUGCCCUUGUUAAACAGGGCAUGUACACACAUUAUGCAGAAAAUUUGCUGUCUGGAGUGAGCGCAUCUUGCGAUAACAUCAAGUACACGGCGUGGCUUGCAUCAGAAACAAUAAAACACCUGAAACAAAACAUCUUGCCGACCGGUUUGCCGUCUCUGUUAGAUGUUAUUUCGUGCGAUUCGGCGUUAGUGAGACUCAAAGUGUGCCUCACUGACUCGGCGUCGGUGACAGAGGCGCAUCAGUUCAUGCCCGACCUACUUGAAUUACUGGAGACUAUUUUCGACUGUUGUCGCGUGAGCGCACAAAUGGAACUGGAAGGCGUGAUGGAGUCGUGGAGCGGCUCGGGGAGUGCGGGGAGCGUGGAAGUCGGUACGAGUGCUGCAGACGCGGCAGUACGCGCCGCGCGGCUACAGGUGAUGGGUUCGGCGGCGGCUGCAGGUGGUUCACUGCCGGCGUUGGGCACUUGGCUGCGUGCUAAUCUGCCAGCGCCUGCGGCUGCAGCGCUCGACCGUCUCGCUUCCCCGCCGCCGUUAGCCUGCAUCAACUUGGCAUUCUACGCAUCACAUAUCAUACCAUCAGAGAGCGCAGUACUGAACUUGGUGUCUUCACACUGCGAACUUAUAAGUGCGAACACGAAGUACUCGAUCGGUCCCUCGCUGAUGAUGCUCGCGUACUCCGCCGCGAAGCUACUCGACAUUGGCGCUUCUAAGUUGGCCGACAACCCUGAUCUUACAAAGAAGACUCUCGACUUAGUAGUGCCCGCACUGACGGACGGUAGACUGGAGUUUAUGUCGGAGCCUUUAACGUCAACUCUGAACACACUGGUGCCGGUGCCACAGAAAUCGGAACAGUUGAUCCAUGAGCACAUCCUAAAGACGACAUACACAGUGCUUGUGGACCAUUUGCAGCCGUCUACCGAGAAAACAUUGAGGCAUAUGGUAAAGUACUGGGAGAAAAUCCUAGACAGACAACCAGGCCGACUGGCCUACGAGGCUGUUUUUACAGACAAUUCUGCAUAUUCUCUCGGCAAGAUACUACUAUCGGCGCCAAACGCACGCAACCCGUACACUGAAAAAGUUAUCAAAUUGUUCAUCAAGAUAUUUAAUGGUUGCGAGACUUCCGAAUUGGGAAGUGCUCUUUGCAUCUCAGUUUGCAAGUUCAUAGGUGUUGCUGACCAGCAAAAGCUUUCCAGUUUGUUGGCGCAUAUCUGCUUGGGAGCACCUGCUACAACAAAUGGUGCUACUGGAACUGCUAACGGCACGCCGACCGAGACGGAGCUGCCAACGCCGACAUCGUCUGCGCCCGAAGGGGACAAUCCUGUGUCGAUCGCGCUUAGAAACGCACUCCGCACAGUUUUCCGCACGGAAAGCGACGGUACGCAGCGAAACAACGCCGGCUCCGCCGCGGCCGCCGCGCAGCGGAACGACUCUGAUUUGCCAGUGUUUGAUACACCGUCACCAGCACCCAGAGCACAAUCUGAGACAACGCAACAACCAGGAAAUUCGGAAAAUAGUUGGUCUGACGGAAGCAAAGACAGUGCAGCGGUGACAGCUGGUUCAGUAGAAACAGCUCCGGCGCCUAUCGUCGCUGAUGCAGCUAAUGACAAUGCAGCGCUUUUAUCAGCGCUCUGCAAACAUAUCGUUUUACACUGCACAAUCGAGGUGAGCGAGCGCAUGCUAGCAGCGCUGGUAAGCGUAUGCGGCGAGAGCGCGUGCUCGCCGCUGCUGCUGCGCGAGAUGUGUCGCCUGGCCGACGCGCACCAGGGCCACCACCACACGCAGCUGUUCCCCGCCGCCGUCACCUGGCUCGCCACGUGCGUGGAUAAUUUGAGUAGUCCGGAAGUUCUAGAGAAGUUAGAGGAAGGACAAGUGGAUGGGAACUUGGCGCCGCAGAUCGAAUCGGCUUGCGUGUUGCUGUCAUACGUCGCCGACGCUCUACACGCCAUCAACACAGCGCAGCCGCAUACGUGGCGCUCUGUGAGUCCCACAUGGGAGUCUCCGUCAGAUCUCGGAUUCGACUUUGAUUACACAGACGAACAACAAGACGAUGACGACACCAGUGCUGAUGACUCUGACGAAGACGCAAUGUUGCAAUACAAGCUGUGCACGUUCACGAUGACGCAGCGCGAGUUCAUGAACCAGCACUGGUACCACUGCCACACGUGCAAGAUGGUGGACGGGGUCGGUGUGUGCACGGUGUGCGCGCGCGUCUGCCACCGCGGACACGACGUCUCAUACGCCAAGUUUGGAAACUUCUUCUGCGACUGCGGAGCUAAACCGGAUUCUAGUUGCCAAGCGCUAGUAAAGAGGUCAGUGACCCUUGGUGGUGCCCGUGGCGCGGCAGGAGGCGCAGAGGAGACUCCCCCCGCGCCCUCGCUCCGCCGCCGCCCCUCCAGCCCCACGCCACCGGCUUUGCUCGCGCCGCCUAGGCGGCCAGUUCUCGCUACUAACAUACAAGGGUGCCGCUCGUUCCUGGCGUCGUACCCGGGCUGGGCGGCGUGCGCGGCGCGCGUGCGGCGGCUGCUGGCGGCGCUGUGCGCGCCCGUGCGCGCCGCCUGCCAGCGCGCCGCGCCCGCCGGCGCGCACGCCCGCGCGCAGCGCGCGCUCGCGCAGCUGCACCUCGGCGAGAAGCGGUUCACGCACACCGACCACCUCAUGCUGCCCACGCUCGGUUCACAAGAAGGUGCAUUCGAAAAUGUUCGCAUGUCAUAUACUGGUGAAAACGGCCAGACAAUUCGUCAGCUGAUGUCGACCCACAAGCUGCGCCGCGUCGCCAUGUGCUGUCUCGCAUCGCCGCAGGGUCGCCGCCAGCACCUCGCUGUCUCACACGAAAAAGGCAAAAUUACAGUGCUCCAACUGUCGGGCUUGCUUAAACAAGCCGACUCGUCUAAACACAAACUCACUUUGACGCGACUGUCAUCCGCGCCGAUACCAUUUACGGUACUCAGCCUGAGCGGCAACCCGUGGAAUGAGGAUCUGCUAGCUGUGUGUGGCUUGAAAGAAUGCCACGUACUCACUUUCAGCAGUGGUGGCGCUGUAGCAGAUCAUCUAGUUCUGAAUACUGGAUUGGACGCGAACAACUACGUCAUCAAAGCUAUAUGGCUGCCGGGCUCGCAAACGCAGCUGGCGCUUGUCACAUCCGAUUUUGUCAAGAUAUUCGACCUCAGCAAAGACUUGAAUAAUCCAAUGCAUCACUUCCUGGUCCCUAGUGGAAAAGUUCGCGACGUUACAUUCGUGAAUCAAGAUGGAGUGAUGCAUAUGCUGUGUAUGAGUUCAGCCGGCCACAUCUACUGGCAGCCGAUGAGCGAAGAAUCCCGCGCCACACUUGGUACUUUCUAUGUCACCAAUACACUUGAAGUGUUGCACCCUGAGAUUCAGGAUGUAGCUGGUUUGGUUGGAGGUGGCGGAGUGUCCAUUUACUACUCGCACACACUUAAAAUGCUGUUCUUCUCAUAUGCUCAAGGAAAGAGUUUCCUUGCUCCGCUCAGUACUGUCGAGGACAGUGUUAAAGGCACCGCAAUGAUAACCCUAUCAUCGACGGCAACGCAGAAGGAAGGCGGUCGCGGCGGCGGCAAACAGGGCGGCGUGCAGUCGUUGUGCCAAUGGGCCGAAGUCGCCGGACACCCCGGUCUCGUCACUGCUGUCAUGCAGGCCUCCAACAACCCUGUCGUGCUCAUGUUGACUCCCACCAACAUAUAUGUGCAAGAGAUCAAGGUGGUGCCGGCCAAGGCCAAGAUAACUGAUAUGGUAGCAGUGCGGCACUGGUGCGGCGGCGGCGGCGAGCAGAAAAGCACGCUGAUCCUGCUGUGCGAGGACGGCAGCCUGCGGAUGUAUGCGGCCAGCGGCGACCGCACCGGCUACUGGCUCGCGCCCGCCAUCCAGCCCACGCACCCGCGCCGCCGCGCUCGAUCACACGCCGCGCACGUCAAGGGCAAGGCGCAGCAGGUUGUCACAAAAUCCAAUGCGAGCGGAGUGCCGCAGUUCCCGAUCGACUUCUUCGAGCACUGCGUCGCUAUGUCUGACAUCGAGUUUGGUGGCAAUGACCUGCUGCAAGUCUACAAUACUGCACAAAUUAAACAUCGACUUAACACUACCGGUUUAUACGUCGUUUCAACCAAGAUGAGUGGAUUCUCGAUGGAGGUUAUAAACUCUGAUCCCAACAUGGUCAUUUGUGGAAUAAGAGUAUUACUUGGAAGCCAAGAUGUCGCAAGAACUCCGUCAUAUGUUGAAGUGUACGGAAGAUCCAUACAAACCAUAGUAGUUCGCAACCGCUGGUUUGACAUACCUCUGACUCGUGAGGAGUCCUUGCAGUCAGAUAAGAAGUUAAUUAUUAAUUUUGGAACAUCGCAAGACCCCGACGGAGUCACCAUGGUAGAUUCUGUAAAGGUUUAUGGUAAAAACAAAGAACAAUUUGGAUGGCCAGAAGAAAACGAAGACCCAUCGGCAUGCCCCUCAACCAGUAAAGUGGCGCAAGAGGCAGAAGGCACCAGUGGUGCUUGGAAACCAAGUUCCUUGGAACGACUAGCGUGUGCAGCGCUAGAAGCGCUUGAACUCAGCGCUGGUGCUAUCCCAGCCGUGACUGCGGCGGGCGCGACCAGUUCUACAGCCGUCAGCUCCACGGGGGCUGCAGGGCCGGCGGCAGGAGAGAUCGCGGAUUGCGGCGCGGACGCAGCGCGGCGCCUGCUGUGUGCUCCCGCUGGCGCUCAUCUGCAUGCUCGUGCGCAGUGUUUGCUGCGCGCGCUGCACCAUACACACUAUCACCAGUACAAGGACCAAGCGAUCCUCAAAUACGUAUGUACAUCGUUGCAAGAGUUGCGCGACACAGCGGACGCACGUAAUAUCGACCCUGAGGCGUACUUCCGGCUUGUACUGCUGGCUCGCGGUGUGGCGGUGGCACGUCCACAGCAUCUCGUCAAAUAUAGCGCUCCAACACCACAGAGACCUGCUAAUGGCGACUGGUCAGUCCUGUGGAAGGACACAGGCGAAGAGCAGCAGGACAAGGAGAAGGAGUGGCACGUGUGCGCGCUGCUGACGAGCGUGCUGUGGCGGCUGGCGGCGGUCCGCAGCACGGCCGGCGGCCCGCCCGGCAUUCUCUCGUACGGGCUGCGGCACGCCGAGCACACGCUGCACGCGCUCGCCGACAUCGUGCACGCCUUCCAGCUGCACGCAGACCCUGACUGUAUCGAAUUUGGAAAUCAAAUCUAUCUAUCUCUGUUACUUGCUGAAGAUCAGAGUAUUAGUUUCGGUGCAAAAGCAGCACUGAUGAGGGUCCUGCGCCCAAGAGUCAAGAGGCGACGUGUUUACAUUCCGUCGCCGCCAAACACACCUGGCGCUGGUUCAUCGGUAACAACAGCACAACCUACCAGCUCCAUCACAGAGGCAGCGGUCUCCGAGUCUGAGCUAAGCACAAAUCGUGAUGAACAGCAAGAGAAUCAAUUCAUGGAAGUCGAUGAUUCGCUCGAACCUAUGGUGCUCCUCGCACCAGAUGGAGGACUCGAAGCCUUAUUGGAUAUCCCGCCGGAUGCGGAUGACGAGACAAUGGUAGAACUGGCGAUCGCAUUGUCCUUGCAAGAACAACCGCGCCGCGCCCCGCCUGCACCCUCUGCACCACCGCCACCAGCACCUGGCUUCAGUGACGUCACUGCUUCACCGCCAGGCUCGGAUGAUGAAGGCAGUACAGCAGCAACGGACGGAAGCACAUUACGUACCUCACCAGCGGAGCCACCUGGCUCAGCGGGUUCGGAGAGCGGCGGUUCCGGCGCCGACAGUAUUGGUGGAGUAUCUGGACGUAGUAGCGCAUAUGGAGAUACCGUGUCCGCUCCCUCAGCAGGAAUGAUGCCUACCAACGAUGUGCCUGUUUUUAUUUCAGCGGGCCCGUCGACGUCGUCGCAACCCGUUGCGUCGACGUCUCGCGCGAUCGAAGCGGAGACGGAGACGAGGAAACUGCACGCGUUGAGGCUGUCGUUGCUGUCGGCAGCAUUGGAUGCGUUACCAUCUCUACGGUCAUUGCCAGGAGUUCGAGCCAUACCGUUUGUGCAAGUAGUCCUCAUGCUGGCCGGAGAUUUAGAUUCGAGCGUGGAAGGCGACCGUGUGGUCCUCGAACGACUUUUAGAACUGCUCGUGAACGAACUAGACAUUCAGGCCGAAGAGCCGGCUCCAAGCGAAGAGCGUACAGACCGCCGUGAACUGCAGCUGGCGAUCAUGCGCUUGGAGCUUCUGGUGUCGGAGCUUGACAUGCAAGAGGAGACCUCGCCGCCCAUACACGAGAGAACUAAUCGGCGCGAGUUGCAGCUCGUCAUUAUGAGAUUGCUCAGUGUACUGAUGGCCCGCUGGAAGACGUCGGCGUCGAGCGGCGCGAGCGGCGGCGGCGGCGCGGCGCGGGCGGAGGGCGGCGCGAGCGCGGCGCACGUGUCGCGGCUGGCGGCCGCCGCGCUCGUCCGGGCCGGCGCGCCGCGGCACUGCUACAAGGUGCUGUCGGCGCUGCUGCCCUACUGGAAGGAGAAGACCUCCAAUACUACAACCAUUAGUCCUGGCCAGCAACUCUUGAAGCCACAACCACCACAGCCUUUGCCCGAUAUGCAGCCAUUCUUUGUCAAAGAAUAUGUUAAAAGUCAUGCUCUAGACGUGUUUGAUAACUACCCACAACUAUUAAUGGAAAUGGCGCUGCGACUGCCGUGUCAAAUACACAAGCAUUGUGAUCCGGCGCACUUCGAUCUGCGCUGGCGCUCCCUGCUGUGCGAGUACAUGAUGAAUCAACAGACACCACUCAGGAAGCAAGUUCGCAAGCUGCUGUUACUACUGUGCGGUACCCGCGAGCGUUACCGGCAACUGCGUGACGUUCACGCGCUCGACACACACCUGAGCGCGGCGCGGGCCCUGCUCGCCACCGACCCUGCUUACGACAAACUCGUACAGCUGAUGGACCAUCUCAAGGCAUGCGCGGAGAUAGUGAGUGCGCGCACGGGCAACUGGCAACACACAUGCGCGGUGGAACGGCGCGAGGCACUCGCGUGGCUGGUGACGAUCGCGCGCCGCGUGCACCCGCACGUGGCGCCCACCGUGCUGCAGCUGCUGCAGGCCGCGCUCUGCGCGCCGCACCACCACCAGCACCAGCAGCAGCAGCCGCAGCCGCGCCCGGAGCCCAAGACAUCGUCUGAUUGGUCGGAGCGCGAGCGUAGUGCAGACAGCGACGCGUUUGUAUCUGACGGCUCCAAAUUCCAAGAACAGAGGGUUCCCGUUCUCGUGCAACAGAUACUGAAACAGGUGUCUCAAGAUGAGCUCAAAAUGUUCGUCAAGGCAUUCUUACUGGAGACCAAUUCGACUGCCGUUCGUUGGCAAGCGCACGCUCUUCUACUGGCUAUAUACAACAAUUCCCCGCAACCGGAGCAGGCGUCGUUGGUGUCGUUGCUGUGGGGCAUUUGGCCGACGUUACCGCAGUACGGCCGUAAGGCGGCACAGUUUGUCGACCUACUCGGAUACUUUACGCUGAAGACUCCCGACAUUGAUACUGAGAAAUACGUCGGUAGCGCCGUAGAGUUACUGCGUAACCAAAACUCUCUGCUGUCGUCUCACGGCAAUGCUGCACUAUACGCCGCGUUAGGAGCAUUCGUGGAGCUCGACGGCUACUACCUCGAAUCGGAGCCGUGCCUCGUGUGUAACAACCCUGAAGUGCCGAUGGCUACCAUCAAGCUACCUACUAUCAAGAUCGACUCGAAGUUCACCACGACGACGCAGAUCGUGAAGCUGGUGAACAGCCACAUGAUCAGCCGCAUCAGCCUGCGCAUCGGCGACAUCAAGCGAAGCAAGAUGGUGCGCACAAUUAACUUCUACUACAACAAUCGGACCGUGCAAGCGGUGCAAGAGCUUAAGAACAAACCAGGAAUGUGGCACAAAGCCAAACGGGUGCAAUUACAAUCUGGCCAGUCGGAAGUUCGCGUUGAUUUCCCACUACCUAUCGUCGCUUGCAACCUCAUGAUGGAAUAUGCUGACUUCUACGAGAAUCAACAGGCUACAGGAGAGUCAUUGCAAUGUCCCCGAUGCUCUCAGUCGGUGCCCGCGAACCCUGGUGUUUGCGCGAACUGCGGUGAAAAUGUCUUCCAAUGCCAUAAGUGUCGCGCAAUAAACUACGACGAGAAAGAUCCGUUCUUGUGUCACGCGUGCGGCUUCUGCAAGUACGCCAAGUUCGACUACACGCUGACGGCGCGGCCGUGCUGCGCCGUGGAUACCAUAGAAAACGACGAAGAGCGUAAGAAGAUGGUACACACUAUCGGCGCGCUACUCGACAAGGCCGACCGCGUCUACCGGCAGCUCGUCGCCAACAAGCCGAUACUGGAGUCACUCCUCCACAAGAUAAGCGAGCACCGUCUCGAGGGGCGGGUCGGCGACGAGAACAGCAACGCGUCCAACUCGUCGUUCAGCGGCGCGCAGAUCAAUCGCGUCAUACAGACGCUCGCGCACAAGUACUGCGUCGACAGCAAGGGACACUUCGAGGACCUCUCCAAGAUCAUACAGAAGGUGCUCGCUUGCAGGAAAGAGCUUGUAACCUAUGAUAGAUCACAAAGUGAACAACUUAAAGGUGAUGAUACAUUGCCAGUUUACGCUGGCCUUGUACAGAAUUAUGAUGGAGAUUUUAGCAAAGAGUGGAGCGGCACGGGCGGCUGCUACGGCUGCUCGCUGGCGUGCGCGGAGCACUGCCUGACGCUGCUGCGCGCGCUCGCGUCGCAGCCCGAGCACCGCGCGCGCCUGUGCCGCUUCGGGCUCGUGCAGGAGCUCGUGCAGCACAACCUGCACCGCGGCACGCCCCAGUGUCAAGAGGAAGUGCGGGCACUAAUCUGCCUAGUGACACGCGACAACUUGCCAGCCACUGAGCAACUGUGCACUCUACUAUCGCAGCGCAUUACGCUCUCACUGAUGGGCCACGCUGCAUCGCAGGACCACAACAACUCGGUUCGUCCAUUGGUCCUUUUGUUGGGAUCAUUGGUAAAAGUUCAAGAUUCAGUGGAAUGCUGGGAGGCGAGACUGCGCUGUAUUGUUAAACUUUGGGUGUGGUGUUGCCCUCAAUUGACGGAAGUCGCCGGUAUACCUCCUGCUGCUAAUACCAUUUUAAAAGCUGAAGCGUUGGCCGGAAUACCAGGAAUCAACACCUCAUCGCCCAACUCACACCAAUUCGCACUGCAGCAAGUGGCGCUGCCGUGCUUACGUUAUAUGCAACAGCUGAUGGCACCAGUCGUCCCCGCUGCGUCCACCACGUCAGCCGAUACAGAACAGCCGAAGGACGCUAAGGAAUCGACCCCGCCAUCGUCGGCGGCGAGUAGCAUCCCCAUGACAUCCUCGAUGGGCAACGUGGUGGUGGACCUGGCCGCGUGGCUGGCGGGCCGUGUGCCGCACUCGCAGUGGCGCCGCCUGGCGGCCGUGCGCUGCGAGCCGCCGCCCGCCGACGGGCCCGCCUACCCGCCGCGGGACCUGCAUCUCGCGCACAAGUACCUCGCCAAGUGGCGUGAGAGGACAUUACUAUCUCACGGCAUGCGGCCACUGGCCCUCGAAGACGGCGGAUGGUUGCGGCCGGUCAUGUUCGACCCGAGCUCGCGUAUCGCCCGUGACACCGCUUGUCAAAUGAUCAAAUCUCUAUGCGACUCCUACGAGAGGACUAAAGCUGUAUUAAUCUUGCUUACCAGUUUCUUGCCGGAGGUUGGCGCAGCUGGUGAAGCCAGUGAACAAUUCUUACAACUAUAUCAAAGUCUGGCAUCGGAGGCGCCUUGGAAACAAUUCCUAGCGUUGCGUGGAGUUUUGCAACAAAUAGCAGAUUUGAUGACCAAGGAGAUUGAACAGCUGCAUCGCUUGGAGGAAACUACUCUUACAUCUGAUUUAGCUCAAGGUUACGCGCUGAAGCGCCUGACGGAGCUGCUGGCGAUGCUGAUGGAGGAGGGCGGCGCGCGGCGCACGUACAAGACGCGGCUGGUGGGCGCCGUGCUGGGCGGCUACCUGGCGCUGCGCCGCCUCGUCGUGCAGCGCACGCGCCUCACCGACGACACGCAGGAGAAGCUGCUCGAGCUGCUCGAGGAGAUGACCACCGGCACAGAAGCGGAAACGGCGGAAUUUAUGGCCGUAUGUAUCGAGACAGUACAGAAGUAUCCAUUGCACGACUACCGCACGCCCGUGUUCAUAUUCGAGCGGCUGUGCUCAAUCAUAUACCCGGAGGAGAACGAUGUUGGCGAGUUCUUCCUCACCCUGGAGAAGGAUCCGCAGCAAGAGGACUUUUUACAGGGUCGAAUGUUAGGCAACCCGUACUCGUCUCUAGAGCCGGGUAUGGGUCCACUGAUGCGUGACGUGAAGAACAAAAUCUGUACCGACUGCGAGUUAGUCGCGCUGCUUGAGGACGACAACGGCAUGGAGCUGUUAGUUUGCAACAAGAUCAUGUCGCUAGACCUGCCAGUCAAGGAAGUCUACAAGAAGGUGUGGUGUACAUCCGGCGAGGGCGUAGACGCAAUGCGCGUAGUGUACCGUAUGAGAGGACUCCUAGGUGACGCCACUGAAGAGUUCGUGGAGACACUCAGCCAGACCAAUGCGGAAGCUGUCGACGAUGAGCAAGUGUACCGUAUGGCUAAUGUGCUUGCUGAUUGUGGCGGGCUGGAGGCGAUGCUGCAGCGGCUGGCGGCGAUCCAGCGCGUGGGCGCGGCGCGCGCGCUGUGCUCGACGCUGCUGCGGCUGCUGGCGCUGUGCGCGCGCGUGCGGCGCUGCGUGCGCGUGCUGACGCGCGCCGGCACGCGCGCGCUGCCCGUGCUGCUGCACGCGCUGCACCUCGCCGCGCAGGAGGAGCGCCACAUGCCGCGCGCGCACCUCGUCUACCAGCUGCUCGAGAUAAUGGAACGUAUACUAUCAGUGGCUGCGAGCGAGAGUCUUGAAUCGUUCCUGCAAUUUUCGCUGACCUUUGGUGGACCGGAAUACGUGCAAGCUCUUCUUAACUGUACAGAAUGUCCAGGUAUUCGCAACAACUCUGUCGCGCUGGGCCAUCUGACCCGCGUACUCGCCGCUCUCGUAUACGGCAAUGAUCUCAAAAUGGCGAUGCUCGUGGACCACUUCAAACCGGUAUUAGACUUCGAUCGUCUUGACUCAGAGCAAUGGACCGAAGAGGAAUUCCGCAUGGAGCUGUUUUGUGUACUGUGCGCUAAUAUAGAGAGGAAUUCCAUUGGUGGAACAUUAAAGGAUUACUUGAUAUCGUUGGGAGUUGUGCGCGACGCUUUAGAAUAUAUAGUGAAACACGCGCCGUGCGUGAAGCCGACACUCGUGUGUACCGACUCGGACGAGUUGAAGGAGUUCAUCAGUCGACCCGCGCUUAAAUACAUACUGCGGUUCCUCACCGGCCUUGCCGCCGAUCACGAACCUACACAGAUGCUGGUAUGCGAGAAGGUGAUCCCGAUAGUGCACCGCCUGGAGCAGGUGUCGUCUGGUGAACACGUGGGCUCGCUCGCUGAAAACUUGCUGGAGGCACUCCGCUCGCAGCCUCAGUGCGCCGCUAAGGUGCAGCAAGUUCGCGAUUUUACACGACAGGUGAGCAAAUUUUUCAAGUUAUAUUUUCCUGACAAUUCUGGAAAAGAAACGUCCACACGAUGGCGGUACGAGAGAGACCAUCAACUGUCUGGCGCGCUCGAGGGACAUGAUGGACAAUCGAGCGCGGCCAGGUGA